GGUUGGUCAAUAUAAGCACACCCAUUCACCCAUGCAGGGUGAUAAAAGACACAUUCUUUCUAGGGGAGUAUAUAUAUAACAGCCUCAUAAGAUCUCAAAGCAUCUUCUGAGGUUCAAAGGAGGAGGUCCAACCAUGUCAAUCUUCACUCAUGUUUUGGCCUGCCUGUUUGGCAUGGGAUCCUGGGUCACCAUCUGUGGGCUUUGGGUGGAGUUGCCUCUAAUGGUUUCACAUGCUCCUGAGGGUUGGUAUCUUCCAUCCUACCUCUCCGUUAUCAUCCAAAUCGCCAACAUCGGUCCACUGUUUGUCACAUUAAUGCACCGUUUUCGCCCAGGAACUCUUAAAGAGACAAUAGUUAUCUAUUUCAUUGUUAGUUUCGGGAUACUGGCCAGCUUCUUCCUGGCUUUCUUCUGGAGUGAGAGGGUUGUGGUGCAAGGUGUGGAGCGUAGCAUUCCCCUCUUGCUUCUUACGUUCUUCAUCUCCAUUGUGGACUGCACUUCAUCUGUGACUUUCCUGCCCUUCAUGAUGCAGCUCAAGGCACAGUAUUUGACCACGUAUUAUAUAGGAGAAGGUCUGAGCGGUCUCAUCCCAGCUCUGGUAGCAAUGGUUCAGGGUGUGGGCAUCAUGGAGUGUGUUAAUGCAUCACAGAUCAUCAGAUCCAAUGAAACGCAGCUUCGGUAUCUUAAUGCAUCUGAGAAAAACUACCUUGUGCCUCACUACCAUCCAGCUAACUUUUCAGUAGAAGCGUACUUUUUCUUCCUGACGGCCAUGAUGGUGGUUUGCUUGGUGGCUUUCUUGCUUUUAAACUACCAUCCAGCUGUAACUCAAGAACGCUCUGAUAGUAAACCAACAAAUAUGAAGAAAGACUCCAACUUGAAAAUCAGAAGAAAUGAACAGAAACCGAUGAUUGGUUCUCAAACGGGUCUUGAGGAGCCCAAGAGCAAGUUUGGAUCAGGGAGGUACACCUGGUUACAGGUGAUGUACAUCUAUGUUACCCUCAUCUGGGUGAACACUCUAACCAAUACUCUUUUGCCAUCCGUUCAGUCUUACUCAUGUUUGCCAUACGGAAACCAGGCUUUUCAUUGGUCAGCCACUAUGGCCAAUGUUGCCAAUCCUGUGGCUUGUUUUAUCACCAUGUUUUAUCUUCGAAGGUCUUUGGUGGUAAUGGGACUUCUCACUUCUGCUGGCUCUCUUAUUGGGGUUUAUAUUAUGUGCAUGGCUGUGUUGAGUCCAUGUCCACUGUUAGUCAAUGAGACUUCUGGAGCUGUGCUUAUGGUGUUGGCGUGGUUCUUUUUUAUUUUCAUCCUCUCAUUUGUGAAGGUGAUGAUUGCUGUUAUUCUUCGUGAUGAAGGUCACAUGGCUCUUGUAUGGUGCGGAGCAAUGGUGCAGAUUGGGUCAAUGCUGGGGGCAGUAACUAUGUUCCCCCUAGUCAAUAUUUAUGAGUUUUUCACUUCAGGGGAUCCAUGUAACAAAAACUGCAUAUAAUAUUUUGAUCUUGGAAAAAGAGAAACCCUGUUAAUAUUACUCUUAAGGCUAAUAAUUUAAUUAUACUUAUGAAAUAAUGAAAAAGUCACUCUCUACUUACAAGUUACUCUUGAUUGUGGAGAAUUUGGGACAUAUUCAGAUGUUUUUAUAUAAUUAUUAAUAUUGAACUUUAAUCAGCCAUGUUGGCAAUUAUACGCUGCUCUGGAAUACUCCAUUCUGAUUGGUCAGUCGUGUCACUCAGUGGUCUGGCAUUCCUCAAUAAUUCACAUACAUUGGAAGAUACAAAAACUUUUAUACUGCUCAUCCAGGGUAAAUUACUAGUUCUACUAAAAUGUCAGGUAUACAGGUCUGUUUGGCAUAUAGGUAUACAUACAUGUGACCCUGUCUGUGAAAUUCAGGUUAAAGUCUCAUAAUCUAAUAAUGAGAUUGGAACAUCAAAGUUUGAUUUCAAUCAUUGAUUUCACUUUAAUUUCAAUCUUUGAAAUGACCUCAGUAUUUAAGAUAUGGGUUAUAUUUUCACAGACAAGGUCACAUUUUGAAAUUCAAACAUUGUCAAAUUACUUUUGUGACAGGAUUAUGUACAGGCAAUUAACAGGCAAGUAAAAUAAACUCAAUUUAAUGCUAAGCUCUGUGUGGUUUUGUACAUUAUUGUACAUUAAAAGCCCAACAUCGGUCUGACUUCAAAACCCAAUGUCGGUCUGACAUCAAACCCCAACGUCCUAAUGUCUUAUAAAUCACAACAUUACUUUAAAGUAAAUUUAAUACUCACCAUAAGCACCAUAAACAUGACUAUAACAGUGGACAUGGACUCAACACAGCCAUGCACAUAAUAUAAACCCCAAAAAGAGAGCCAUAACCCAACACUGAUCUGACGUCAAAAUCUAACGUCGAUCCAACGUCAAAUCCCAACGUUGGGCUGAUGUCAAAACUAGAGAUCUUCUCGGGUCCAAAGAAAUGUAUUCGACCCGAAAUGACCCCAAUCACUAUAUACCCGAACCCGAUGUGCAUAAAUAUUUUUUUUUAAAGAAAGACCCGACCCGAGACAAAUCAGAGAAAACUAGGCCCGAGUCUGACCCGAACUAGUCUGACCUGAACUUCUGCAGACCCAAUUUGGCAAGCUGCUCCAUUUUUUUUACUUUGUUAUCUGACGAUGACACAAAGGUAACUGCUAAAAUGUACAUUUAAAAUUGAUUGACAUAUUGUCUCAACAAAAAUUAACUUCGGGUUUUCGGAUUUAAGUGGACCCAUGAAGACCUCUAGGCUAGUUAAAACCCAACGUCGAUCCGAUGUCAAAACCCAAC